AUGCCAACAAUAACUGAGCGUCAGCCAGCCACCACCUUAAGCAUAUCACAAUGGAACAUCACGGGCAACAUAAAACUGGCCGAUCCAUCAUUUAAUACUUCUCGUCGAAUCGACAUCUUAAUUGGAGCCAGCAUGGUUUUUGAUUUAUUAUGUGUCGGCCAAUUACGUCUUAAGGAACCAAUGCACAUUUUGCAAAAGACUCUUCUUGGCUGGACCGUAUCUGGUGGUAAACAGGGCUCUGUAAUGAGUUCGUCAUAUGCGGUGACAUCAAAAAUCGUCGACAACAGACCAUCUGAAGCGCUUGAUCAAAUGGUUCGCAGCUUUUGGGAGACAGAAAACUGUUUCGACGAAACCAUGAAGAUAACGAAAGAAGAACUUGAUUGCGAAAUGCAUUUUCAGGCAAAUUACCAUCGUUUGAGCAGUGGUGAGUACUCAGUUCGUCUGCCUGUUAAACAGGAUAUAAACUUUCUUGGUGACUCAUAUCAACAUGCCCUGCGUCGACUGUUUUCACUGGAACGGCGUUUACAGCGAAAUGCCUAUGUAAGAUUACAGUAUGAAACGUUUAUGAGAGAAUACGUUGAAUUAAAACACAUGUCGCUUGUGGUCCAUCCGCCUAAUGUGCCGAAAUAUUAUCUUCCGCUCCAUUGCGUUUUUAAGGAAGAUAGCACAACAACUAAGCUGCGCGUGGUUUUCGACGGUUUAUUCCAAGCUAUUAGAGCCAUGUUGAUGACAUGA